AUGACAGUCAAAUCCAAGAAAAGUGUCUCUGGAAAUCAGGGUCAUAUGCCACACCAGCACCAGCACCAGCACCAGCAACAACAACAGCAACAGCAACAACAGGGCAACCAAGGGAAAAGAAUGAAUAGCAAUAGCUAUAACAAUAUUCCUAAAGUUAGGAUGGAGCAAGAAGUUGAUAGGGAUUUAUUAAGUGGUGUUGGUGCUGGUGCUGGUGCUGAGUUCAAAAAGAGUAGUAGUGAUAGCGAUGUUGAUGGUGGUACUGGUGGUAUGCCACAACAAAAUACAAAUAGAGUCAACUCCAUUCAUAAAGGGUAUGAACAUGAUCCUGAAGUUAGUUCAGGGAAAGCGUUUGCACAAGCAGAUGAAGUCGAGAAAGAAGAUGAAGGGGAUGAGGAUGGUGUUGAUGACGAUGAUGAGGUGAUGGCAAGCACCACUGCUGUUGAUUUUCAAUCGCCACCUCCUUCAUCACUGCAAGGUUCAACUUUACAAACCAAGGACCAUGAAGAAGGCAAGGGUUUAGUUUCAGAUUCAAACAUCUUCCAAGAAGAGGAAGAAGAAGAGGAAGAAGAAGAAAGGGAAGAAGAAGGAAACCGCGAUGAUGAAGAGGGGGAGUUUGGAAAUUUGGAGAGUUGGAUUAGAGAAGAGACUAUUCAGUUGAUUCCUCAAUUUUUCAAACCUAAAUCUAAUAACAGGAGAAACAAGGGACAACAGGUAAAAAUGGGUGAACAACUUAUUAUAAUGCUUACUAAUAUUUUUGAAGUAUUUGUUGAAUUUGGAAUUGUUUUGUAUUCAUUAGCUUUAUUUGGGUUGAAGUUUUGGAUUAUCUUCUUGGUUGCUUUGAAAGAUUUGUUUAUUCGUACUGGUGGUAACUUGAGUGAUGUUGUUAGUAAAGGUAUUAGGAUGAAAUAA